AUGUAUUUGUACAUCUGCACAUUUUCAGCUUUGGAAAUUGUGUUUGUUUCUUCCACUGUCCCAAAGCUCCUAGCCAGCCUUGUGUCAACAAAUAAAAACAUUUCUUUUAUUAGUUGUUUUACACAGCUAUAUGUAUUCAACUCCUUAGGUGUUACAGAAUGUUAUCUGCUAUCAGUAAUGGUCUUUGAUCGACACCUGGCUAUAAAUAACCCUCUACGUUACCCAGCUAUAAUGAACACUCAGCUUUGUACCAAGUUGGCAGUUCUGCCUUGGAUGGUUGGUUUUGGCAUAGUCCUAGCACCAACAAUCAUCACAGCACAGCUGGAAUUUUGUGGUUCAAAGAUAAAUCAUUUCUUUUGUGACUUUGCCCCACUACAGAGUAUGGCAUGCUCUAUUCCACUUGUUGUCAUUGUGAUAACUAGCUUUAUUGCUUUCCUUGAUGUUGUAGUUCCUUUCAUUAUCAUUUUAGGGUUCUAUGUACGGAUCAUCAUUACUGUUUUAAAGAUUAGCAGUGUUAAAGGGAAGCAGAAGGCCUUCUCCACAUGUUCAUCUCAUCUAAUCGUGGCCAGCCUCUUCUAUGGUACAGCCACCAUUGUGUACGUAAAACCCAAGGGCAGCCAGUAUGACAAAUUCCUUGCCCUUAUGUAUACAGCUGUUACUCCUUUCAUUAACCCUUUCAUUUACUCUUUUCGGAACAAAGAUGUUAAAGAGGCACUCAAAAAACACAUUGAACGAUGUCUAAAAAAGCAUUGA